AUGGCCCAACUCCUGACCAGCAUAAUAAAUGUGAUCAAAGUGUUCCAGCAACAUGCUGAAGAAGAUGGAGAUUGUGCCUCACUGUGCAAAAUGGAGUUGAAGGAGUUGCUCUUGGUUGAGUUUGGAGACAUCCUCCGGAGACCAAAUGACCCAGAGACUGUGGAAACUAUCCUGACCCUCUUGGAUAAAGACAGAGAUGAUCAUGUUGAUUUUCAUGAAUAUCUCCUAUUGGUAUUCCAAUUGGCCCAAGCCUGUUUUCAUAAACUGGAUGAUGGUUCAUGUGGAAAUAGAAAAUCGCAACAAGAAAGGGAACAGGGGAGAACAAAACAUCCUAAGUUUCCAGGAAGUACAGGAGGAUCACAAAAGCAUAGGCAUGAGGAAACUCGGGACUCCCAUUGUGGGGAAUUUGAGAGACAAGGUAAGGAUUCUCACCAUGAUCAGUCUCAGAGGCAGGGCAGGGACUCCCAUCAUGAUCAAACUGAAAGACAAGAUAAGGAUUCUCACCAUGAUCAGUCUAAGAGACAGGGCAGGCAUUCCCAUCAUGGUCAGACUGAGAGACAAGGUAAGGACUCCCACUGUGGUGAGUCUGAGAGACAAGGUAGAGAGACUCAACAUGGUCAGACUGAGAGAGACGAUAGACAAAGUAGAGACUCCCACUGUGGUGAGUCUGAGAGACAAGGUAGAAAUAGUCAACAUGGUCAGACUGAGAGACAAGGGAGAAACUCCCUCUGUGAUGAGACAGAGAGACAAGGCAGAGAUUCUCACCAGGGUCAGACUGAGAGACAAGGCAGGCAAGGUAGAGACUCCCACUGUGGUGAGUUUGAGGGACAAGAUAAGGAUUCUCACCAUGAUCAGUCUAAGAGACAGGGCAGGCAUUCCCAUCAUGGUCAGACGGAGAGACAAGGUAGGGACUCCCACUGUGGUGAGUCUGAGAGACAAGGUAGAGAGACUCAACAUGGUCAGACUGAGAGAGACGAUAGACAAAGUAGAGACUCCCACUGUGGUGAGUCUGAGAGACAAGGUAGAAAUAGUCAACAUGGUCAGACUGAGAGACAAGGGAGAAACUCCCUCUGUGAUGAGACAGAGAGACAAGGCAGGGGUUCUCAUCAUGGUCAGACUGAGGGACAAGUUAGGGAUUCUCACCAUGGUCAGUCUGAAAGAAAAGGUAGAGAUUCCCACUGUGGUGAGUCUGAGAGUCAAGGCAGGAAUUCUCAUCAUGGUCAGUCUGAAAGACAAGGUAGAGACUCCAGUAGCGGUCAAAAUCGUAAGUCUAAAAAACACGAAUUUUUCCUUGCUUUACAGCAGUGUGAAAGUCAAGUUCAGGGUCAGAUUGGUCAGUCUGAGAGACUCAGACAACAAUCAAGCUGUGGGCAGUAUGGAAGAUUUGGGGAGCACUCUUGCUCUAGUCAGACAAACCAACAGGAAGCAGGCUCUUACUGUGGACAAACUGGAAGACUGGGUCAGGAAUCAAAUUAUGGUCAGGCAGGCAGACAAGGUCAGAGUUCAAGCUAUUGUGAGACAGACAGACAAGACUUAGGAUAUCAAUGUGGAGAGAGAGGUAGUCUAGGCCAGAGUUGCCAAUACAGUCAGACAAGCAGACAAGAUCAGAGUUCCCACUAUGGUCAAACAGGCAGGCAAGGUAGAAGCUCUCCAUAUGAUCAGAUAGAUAGACAAGGCCAAGGCCAGAGCUACCGUUAUGGUCAGACAGACAGACAAGACCAGAGUUAUUACCAUGGCCAGACAGACAGGCAAGACCAUAGUUAUCCAUCUGACCAGACAUAUAGACAAGGCCAGAGCUAUCGUUAUGGUCAGACAGACAGACAAGACCAGAGCUAUCCAUAUGAUCAGACAUCUAGACAAGGCCAGACUUAUCGCUAUGGUCAGACAGACAGACAAGACCAGAGCUAUCCAUAUGGCCAGACAUCUAGACAAGGCCAGAGCUAUCAUUAUGGUCAGACAGACAGACAAGACCAGAGCUAUCCAUAUGACCAGACAUCUAGACAAGGCCAGAGCUAUCGUUAUGGUCAGACAGACAGACAAGAUCAGAGCUAUCCAUAUGACCAGACAUCUAGACAAGGCCAGAGCUAUCGUUAUGGUCAGACAGACAGACAGGGUCAGGGUUAUCGCUAUGAUCAGACUGACAGGCAGGACCAAAAUUAUUAUUAUGGCCAAGCAGACAGACAAGGUCAAAGAAAUGGGCAAAAUGGGCACUUACAAGGAAAUGAGAGAACAAGAAACUCAUGUUUUGAGCAAUCAGGAAGAUCAAGGAGACCAAGUCAUCAAACUCAAGGACAGAGCAGACACCAGACUUGGGAGCUUGAGGAGCCUAGUCAACACAAACUCCUAGCUCAAAUUCAGCAUGAAAAGCCACUCUAUCCCAGUACAAAGCAGGGGCAACGACAGUCUCAGACCAGUAAUAGCUGUGGUGAGAGACAACAUCACCAGGUUGAGGAAGAGCACAACCACCAAAGCGGGAAUAGUCAUGGUCAUAAGAGACGAGAUAGCUCAUGUGAGAUGCAAGACAGACAACCCCAUGAAGAAAGAGAAAACUCUCAGACACAGAACAGGAAAACUCAUGAAGAGGGACAAAGCUGUCAGACAAGGAGCAGACAAACCCAUGAAGAGGGGCAGAACCAUCAGACAUGUAAUAGGCAAACACAUGAAGAGGGACAAAGUUGUCAGUCAAGGGGCAGGCAAACGCACGAAGAGAGACAAAACUGUCAAUCAAGGGGCAGACAAACCCAUGAAGAGGGACAAAGCUGUCAUACAAGAGGCAGGCAAACCCAUGAAGAGGGACAGAACCAUCAGGCACAGAGUAGGCAAAGCCACGAAGAAAGACAAAGUUGUCAGACAAGGGGCAGGCAAACCCAUGAAGAUAAAGAGAACCAUCAGAGACAAGGCAGGCAAACCCAUGAAGAGGGACAGAACCAUCAGACACAGAGUAGGCAAAGCCAUGAAGAAAGACAAAGUUGUCAGACAAGGGGCAGGCAAACCCAUGAAGAUAAGCAGAACCAUCAGAGACAAGGCAGGCAAACCCAUGAAGAUAAGCAGAACCAUCAGAGACAAGGCAGGCAAACCCAUGAAGCACACCAGAAUUGUCAGCAACAACAAGGUAGUCAAAGCCAUAGGGAGCAAGAAAGGUACCCAGGAUCCCAGCACCAACAAUCCCAUGGAACCCAGGACAACUGUGAUAACAGAGAAAAAUUACACAUGAAUGACAAUGACCAGCGCCAUGGUUCACAAGGAAGAUGCAGUGAUCGGACCUCCCAUUCAUCCCAGAGUGGUAGGGAGCACCGAGGAAGAAAUCAUGGUGGAAGCCAGACUGGCAUUGGCCCCAAUCCUCUCUACGACUAUGUACAAGAACAAAAACAUCAUGGGUACUACUAG